GUCAGUGAAACUAUUUUUACUUUUUUCGCCCGGAGGAUUUGCAAGUGAAUCGAGCUCUUAUUUAUUUUUGAAUUAAUUAAAAAUAAUGAAUGAAAAUAUUAAAAAAUCACUACUUUAAUUCAUAUUUUAUUAACGUACAAAAAUAAAUACACAAAAUGGCAAUUUUGGGGGCACAAUUAGUACUGACUCUUGUCAUGGUCAGUGUAAUUCAGAAAUUCACUCCACACUUUUCCUUUGCUAAAUGGAUCCUCUGUUCGACGGGCUUGUAUCGAUAUCUCCAUCCAACCGAUGCUGAACUUAGAACACGAGCUGGUGUUCCCAAAGAAAAGCCUACCAAAUCCAAGGGCAACCAUUACAAACAAAAUGCCGCCGCCGAAAAGAGUGCCUCGACAUUUCAUGUGCCUCGUUCAGUCGAUAUUCAAUUGGAAACAUCUCCGGUCACUCAGAACGAAGUGGUUUACUUAAGGUAUUUCACGGAAUACCAAUGGCUACUGGAUUUCAGUCUGUAUGCCGGUAUUGUCUAUGUUAUUUCUGAGAUUUAUCAUUAUUAUUUCCCGUUGAAGGGAGAAGUUAAUCUUAGCAUGGUUUGGUGCCUUCUUGUUGUUUUCUUUGCUUUCAAACUUCUUACCUCGUUGACAGUACUUUACUUUCAAACUGAUGAAUCUAUUGGUGAACGUUCAAUGUGCAUUGUUGCCGGACUUGUGUAUCUUCUGGUAGCAAUGGUUGUUUUGAUUGUUGAUGAAAGUAUGUUAGAAACAGGCUUGGAAGAUGCUUAUUCCAGUUUUAAUCAAAGUGCAUCCAAGUUCCUCACAGAACAAGGUCUUCCUUCUUCUGGCCCCGCUUCGAAAAUCGUCGUUAAGUUCUUUAUUGCCAUUGGUUGCGGUAUUUUGGGAGCGCUAUUUACUUUUCCAGGACUUCGCAUGGCGCGAAUGCACUGGGAUUCACUCAAAUUCUGCAAAGAAAAACGCAUCCUGCAAAUUCUCUUAAACAUCAGUUUUAUAUUACCAUUUAUUCUAGUCAUACUCUGGAUCCGUCCUAUAAGUCGAAAUUAUUUAACAGUUCGUGUUUUCGAAGGCAUGGACAAACCAUUAUUGCAACCUGAGGCUUUUGAGACAAUCCGUCUGCUGCUGGUAGUGUUGACGGUGCUCCUUAGAUUCGCCCUAAUGCCUAUUUACCUGCAAUCAUAUCUAAAUAUUGCUCAUGAUAGAAUAGAAGACUUGCGCACCGAAGCUGGUCGCAUAACUAAUCUAGAAUACCAAAAGAAGAUUUCAUCGAUUUUCUACUAUCUUUGUGUUGUAACUUUGCAAUUUGCUGCACCUUUAAUUAUUUGCUUAUUCCUGACACUUAUGUACAAAAGCUUGGGUGGUUUUACCUGGACUGGAAUGUUCAGUCCAAAUCUCUUACAAGACGAAUGUCCUGAUGAGGACCCAGCUAAAUUAGCCGUUGUUAAGAUUCUCGAACAAAUCGACGGCAGUGGUCAAGGAGAAGAUGACCAGUUUAAUAUUCUCGAAUCAGCACAAAAUAUACAAGUUUCCUGGACAAGUCUUAAAAGUGUUUUUACAACUGAAGUCUUCAAAGGAUUCUUGGGCUUUGCAACCUGGUGGAGUUACUUUACCCUCUUCGCCACAUCAUCACUCGGCAUCUUGUACCAGUCCUAUUUCACAAAGACAUAAGAACCAAAACAUUUUGUAAAAGAAAAAAACAAAACGAUACCAAAAAUAAUAAAAAUAACAACCAACGGGUAGAUAGACUUAAA